AUGGGCAAGUCAAGCAAGAAAUCCGCCACCAAGGCACCAAAAGCUAAGGCUGUCCCUGCUGCUGUGAAGUCAGCUGCUGCAAAGAAGCCAUCUGAUUCUGAUAGCUCAGAGGAGUCUGAAGAUGAUGAGGAUACCAAGGCUACUGUAACUGCAGUGUCUAAGUCAGCUCCUCUUGCCAAAAAGACUGAGGAUGAUGAUGAAGAUAGCAGUGAAGAAGAUGAUAGCAGCUCUGAUGAAGAUGAUGAUAAGAUGAAUGUUGACAAGGAUAGCAGUUCUGAGGAAAGUGACAGUGAAGCGGAGAGUGAGGAUGAACCAGCCGAAACACCUCAAAAAAAGACUAAAGAUGUGGAGAUGAUUGAUGCUGACAAAUCUUCAAAGAAAGCUCCUGCUACCCCAGCUACACCAAAUGAAAAUGGAAGGGAUGGCGGUAGAAGGGGUGGCCGUUUUGGAUUCAAUAAACCAAGUAUUGUUUCAGGAGGUAUAGUUUUCUUCUAA